AUGGCGCCCGACCUAAGUGCCGCAUCUUUCCACACGCCACAAAGGCCUCGGGCCGCAACUACGGUGCUCCCGGCGAUGCCACCACCUUCUCCUCAAUCACGACAAUACAAUACAACAAGCCCAAUCAUUCCCCAGGGCAGCCCGCCGGUAGGGUCCGGGGAGGGCAUCACCAGUACUGCACAGGGGCCAUUGCGUCACCCCAAACCGUUGACCCCCUCGGACCUUCAUUUGGUGCUAGAGAAAGAGCAGGAGGCCAUGGUGAAUCGAUUGACUCGGGAGCUGUCGCUUCUCCGCCAGCAGACGACCUCGGUGGCAUCAACGACCUCCUCGACCUCGACAUUCAACGAUCCCGCGGAUAUGGCCCAUGCAUCCCCAUCCCUCACCAGCUCAACACACCCCCAUUCUCACACCUCCCGACGGCAGCGUUCUUCUUCGAGCCUCAGUGCACAUGCAUCAGCAGCCCAAGGGCCCCAAGCAGCGAGUGUGACAGGGAUUGCUCUCUCGCGGGAUCGAGGACUGUCUUCUUCACGACCUGCAGAGCACACGCGGGGUCUACGGAGCCGAGAAUCCUCUCUGACUUCUCGUCGUCCGUCCUUCGGAUCGUUAUCCUCGUUCUCGCAGCAUCCGCAUCAUGACCACCCCUAUUCCAAGAGCCCGUCUCUCUACCCUAACCGAAAUUCGGUGUCUCAGACCCAGCUGGUGUACUCUCCAGCAAGCUCCAUGUCACGAUAUGAGGAGACAGCGCAUCAUAAGUCGGAGUUGGACUCCAUCAAACGGGAGAACGAGCAAUUGCGCAAGCGGGUACGAGACUUGGAAGAUGUGUUGAAGAAGUCCAAGGGAGAGUCUAUGAGCGAAACAGGAGCAUCAGAUUUGAGCUUGUAA